ACGAGCUACUGUUCAUCGCCCGCUUGCUCUCUCUCUCUCUCUCUCUCUCGCUCUCUAUAUAGCGGAUGCAGCUUCUUCCUCGGCUUCACCGUGCAGACGCUCGCCGUACUUCAGUUCAGCUCCGCCGCAACCGGCAAUGCUGGAUCGACCUCGGCCGGUCCGUACUUGCCGAUCAUCCUCAGUUCGUCUCCGCAGCGACUCCAUGGAAGAUCGCCGGCGAGGACGUCCCGGGAUCUUUCCGGAGCUGGGAAUCCUGAUGAUGAUGGCGUUCUCUCGCGUCGGCUUUGCAGCGUCCGAUUCGUCGUCGACGAGCGAGAUGGAAACGCGUAGCUUAGACGGCUAUUCCGCGGCUUCUGAGGCAUGUACCAUCCCUUGCGACGAGAAAUGGGUUGCAAAAACUUACUUUGACAAGUAUGGAAGUUUAGACGAUGCCGCUUUCGAACAUUAUAGAGAUGUCGAGCUUACUCGUUGCUCCUAUGAAAUGCUGCCUCCUGAUCCACGUAAUGUGUUCAAACUGUCCGAUUUGGAUCGCCAUCUGACUGGUGAGGGCUCUCAUCGGAGUCUCUUUACGUCAAUUAGGAUUAGUGUCGAUGAAGAGUUUGCAGCCAAGUCACUUUUUAGCUUCUGUGAGGCUGUACUCGUCGAAAGACUGCCCUCCGGAGUGUUUGCUGACCCCUUUGAGCUGCAACACGUUCGGGACCGUGGAGGAUAUGGCGAAGUUGCUGUCUUUGGAGAUACAAAUUUGGAGUUGCCUUCAUUUCUUUCAAAUCGUACCCUUGUUGAGGUUCACAUGUUUUUUAGCCCCAGAACCCGGUUGGAACAGAAGAAUGGACUUGAAAUCAAAGUAGAAGUUCCAGUACAUGCACGCUAUCAGCCCCUAGAUGGAAGUGGCUAUUCAGUGGUUCAAUUUGGAGAACCAGACGUUUUUGCACGUUGCAGCAUGGAGAAAAGGUCAAGCAAUCAAUCCCAUUUGUUUGUUUUGACUAGUGAUGGUGCCGUAUCUUAUAAGAACCCUAUAGUUUGGAAAAUACCCUCAGGCAUAGAAACACAUGCUGGAUUUGUAUCAAUUGUUACCUUUCUGUCGGCCUCAUUGUCUGCCCUUGUGAUAAUUGUGGCAUCUGUGUUUCAUUCAGACAUCAAACUGCACAAAAAUGUGAAAGUAUCCUAGUUUGUCAGGAGCAACUCUCUAUACGAGCAUUUACAGAGAGGCUAUUAAUCUCUGUGGGGAUGCGAGUUCAGAGUUUAUCGUCGCUAUUUGCAAUUUUUCUGCAGUUGUAUGUUUUCAAGUUUGGUAGUUGAGAAUUAAAUACUCAUCUGUUGAGCACGAGAUGAAAUGAAAACUGUGCUCCCACUAAUUGGUGCAAUAAUCCAAUGGCCUUUUUGAUGCUUAGUAAGAUUACAGAACAUUUAUGCUUGCCAAAA